CCCAUUCUCUAGUCAGACAGACCUCCACUAGGCUAGUAGCUGGAGCACUUGCAAUUCAAGCAGCAAACAUGGUGAAAGCAAUCAGAGUUUAUGAGCAUGGUGGACCAGAGGUCCUCAAGUGGGAGGAUGUGGAGAUAGGAGAACCAAAAGAGGAUGAGAUCCGUGUCAAAAACAUUGCGAUCGGGUUCAACUUCAUUGAUGUGUAUUUCCGCAAAGGGGUUUAUAAACCUGCUACAUUGCCCUUCAUCCCAGGAAUGGAGGCAGUUGGAGUAGUGACUGAUGUGGGCCCUGGAUUGACAGGCAGAAAAGUCGGGGAUCUAGUUGCCUAUGGGGGUAAGAAGAUGGGCUCUUACACUGAAGAACAGAUACUCCCUGCUCAAGUUACAGUGUCAGUCCCACCUUCUAUAGAGCCUAAAGUUGCUGCCUCUGUUAUGCUUAAGGGGAUGACUGCUCAUUUUUUGCUCCGCCGUUGCUUCAAGGUUUAAUGCAGGUCGAACGUUGACACAAUCCUUGUUCAUGCAGCAGCUGGAGGAGUUGGCUCUAUGUUGUGCCAGUGGGCAAAUGCAGGAGCAAUCGUGAUUGGAACCGUGUCAACUGAAGAGAAGGCAGCUCAAGCCAAGGAAGAUGGAUGCCACCAUGUCAUAAUUUAUACACAGGAUGAUUUUGUUUCCAUAGUCAACCAAAUAACAUCAGGCAAAGGAGUUGAUGUCGUCUAUGACUCUGUAGGCAAAGAUACAUUUCAGGGAUCAUUGGCGUGUUUAAAGACUCGUGGGUACAUGGUGAGCUUUGGGCAGUCGUCUGGCACUCCAGAUCCAGUUCCAUUGUCAGCACUCGCCGUUAAGUCUUUGUUCCUGACAAGGCCUUCACUCAUCCAGUACACUGAAACUCCGGAUGAACUGUUGGAAGCUGCUGGGGAGGUAUUCACUAACGUUGCAUCAGGUAUCCUACGAGUCCGCAUCAACCAUGUAUACCCUUUGUCACAGGCUGCACAGGCUCAUGCAGAUGUUGAGAAUCGGAAAACAUCUGGGUCUAUAGUGUUGGUACCAGAUAGUGCCGAGCAGUGAGUGCAUAUGUAUGGCAAUCAAAAAUGAUUAGACUUUUAUGGACUGGUGGAACCAUAUUAUA